GAUUCGAGCUUUCAGGCACCGAGACACUGGGAACACCUUGAAGCUCAAGACCCAGGACUCAGAUUUUCGCUUUUAGCAACUUGUAAGAAUGGAAGACACCUUCUUGUUUACUUCGGAGUCCGUGAACGAGGGACACCCCGAUAAACUCUGUGAUCAGAUUUCUGAUGCGGUUCUCGACGCCUGCCUCGAACAAGACCCUGACAGCAAAGUUGUCUGCGAGACUUGCACCAAGACGAACAUGGUCAUGGUCUUCGGAGAUAUUACAACCAAAGCCAAAGUGGACUACGAGAAGAUUGUGCGUGAUACCUGCCGUACAAUUGGAUUUGUAUCAGACAAUGUUGGUCUUGAUGCUGACAACUGCAAGGUCUUGGUUAACAUCGAGCAACAAAGCCUUGAUAUCGCGCAGGGCGUCCAUGGCCACUUGACCAAGCGGCCUGAGGAGAUUAGUGCGGGUGACCAGGGUCACAUGUUUGGUUAUGCAACUGAUGAGACCCCUGAGCUUAUGCCUCUGAGCCAUGUUCUUGCCACCAAGCUUGGUGCCCGUCUCACUGAAGUUCGCAAGAAUGGAACCUUGCCGUGGCUGAGACCCGAUGGCAAGACGCAAGUCAUUGUUGAAUACUACAAUGACCAUGGCGCUAUGGUUCCAAUCCGUGUCCACACGGUUCUCAUUUCCACUCAACAACACAUGGAACUCGGACACACCAGGGGCUAUGACUCCACCACAGCAGCUGCGCGAUCACCAGCUCCUCGGCGCCAAGUUCUUCUCUCGUUGCAGCCAGACCCGCCUUCUCCGACCUUGAAAGAGGAAGAGACUGAGGACAUGGGUGUAGGAAGAGGGAGAGAUGUUUUUUAA